CUUCGGCAAUUAUGCAAAGGCUGAUGGAUAAAUUAUUUGGACCAGAAUUUAAUAAUAAAAUUUAACAACAACUUUUUUUGUUUGUUUGUUUUAUUGUAUUGAUUGGUGAACGAGCUCACGGCCCACCUGAUGUUAAGUGGUUACUGGAGCCCAGAUACAUUGACAACUUUUUACACAAGCUUAUUUGAUAUAUUUUUUUAAUGCCAAUACGCAUUUCAGACUCGUCACUAUGCCAAUAGAGGCGUUGCCGGCAGGUCGAGCGAUGGAGACGCCGAUGCACCCGAAGAGGGUAAGGGUGCUCGCACCGAUAGUGGAAAUCCCAAGAUCAGAAAUGUGGGGAUCCGCUUCGUCCCCGGCCAGGAGGGACCAGGAGACGCCUCCGGUGCCAUCACCUGCCCUGUAACUAUAUUAUUCAAUAAUGUAACCUAUUUUAUAAACAAAUAAAGAAAAAAAUAUUUGAGAAACAAAAUUUUUGAGCCAUUAAAUUUAUAUUAAAUUUUUAUUCAAUAUUUAUUGCUUAGUUCGAAAUCAAAGAAAAACUUGA